AUGAGCGAGGCUCGGGAGCGGGUAUUUUCAGCCCGGCGGGCGUGUUUACCCCCCGCGUCUCCACAACAGGCUAUUUCGGGGCGCAGGUCCCGCGGUGCGCACCGUGGCCUGGAGGGCCCGGGAGCCCCGAAACCUGGCCCCGAGGGCGCGACCGCUCGCCCCGGGCGCGCCCAGGCCGCAGAGCACUGCGGGGCUCCCCGUUGCCCUCCACACGUGGCCGCUGGCCCACGGGCAAACGCGGGGAGGGCGUGCCCGGAGGCCGUGCGCCAGGGCGCCCCGUCCCCGCCGCUCGUGGGAGGGACGCUCGCGGCCCGCCCCCCUCGCCCCCCGCUGGGCACAGGGUCCUACAAGUGCAUCAAGUGCAGCAAGGUGUUCUCCACGCCGCACGGGCUGGAGGUGCACGUGCGGCGCUCGCACAGCGGCACCAGGCCCUUCGCGUGCGAGCUGUGCGGCAAGACCUUCGGGCACGCCGUGAGCCUGGAGCAGCACAAGGCGGUGCACUCGCAGGAGCGCAGCUUCGACUGUAAGAUCUGUGGCAAGAGCUUCAAGAGGUCGUCCACGCUGUCCACGCACCUGCUCAUCCACUCGGACACGCGGCCCUACCCCUGCCAGUACUGCGGGAAGAGGUUCCACCAGAAGUCAGACAUGAAGAAGCACACCUUCAUCCACACGGGCGAGAAGCCCCACAAGUGCCAGGUGUGCGGCAAAGCCUUCAGCCAGAGCUCCAACCUCAUCACGCACAGCAGGAAGCACACGGGCUUCAAGCCCUUCGGCUGCGACCUGUGCGGCAAGGGCUUCCAGCGCAAGGUGGACCUGCGCCGGCACCGCGAGAGCCAGCACGGCCUCAAGUGAGCCGGCGGCGGGGGGCGUCCGCCCCGCCCGCCCCCCUUCCCAGAGCUCGGCCCACAGCCGCGCGAAAGCCGGGCCCGCUCCCCUCCGCGCUGGCUGGGGAAGGAGCGCGGUCCUCCGAGCCCGCCGCGGGCACCGAGCCCGCCACAGGAGCAGCGAGGCGCCCCGAGAGGAGCCAGGCCCUCCCGGAGCCGGCCGCGGAGGGGCCGGGGCCAGCUCCCCCGACACGGAUGUCCUUCCCCCUCUCCGCGCAAGUGCUUACUGACCCCGGGUUGUGAGCGCAAGGACCACAGGCUGGCACGGGGGAGCCGAGGGUAAAGCCACAGCCCUGCCCCCCACAGGGAAGCUGGACCCCGAAGCAGCUAGAGCCCGAGUUCUCCCCCUCCAAGGGGGCUCUGAAAAGGCCGCACAGACCGUCAGACCUUCGGAACUUUUGGAGUUCAAGUGUAAACAAAAAGGAAUUGCAGGGUUAUUUGAAAAACAAAAAUCCAUGAUCAAAUCCAGUUUUUAUCGUUAAGCGGACAUUCUGUAAAAUGCCUGGGCUGGUAGAUGCGGGGCGAAGGCUGUGGCCUCAACUCUUGUGUACCACCUAGGAAAAAAAGUGAUAUUUUUACUGUGAGGGUUAAAUGUUUCUAAACCCUCUGGAGUGCAUUAUGUAUGCUAGAGCAUAUUUAUUAGAAUGUUGUUUUAACUUAAUAAAGUAUUAAGAAUUGUCA